GAUGAUAUGUCAUGCUUUACACCUGUGUCCCUACCUCCAAGGUCAAUGUCACACUAAGAGGUCAAAGAUUUACAUAGUCUGUUAUAGGAUAUAUUUUGUGUCCGAUCUAUAACUUCUUUAUAGUUCAAGGGAUUUUGAAAUUACUUGGCAUAAAUACAGUUGACUCUCAAUAAGUCAAAAUCGUUUUACUCAAAAUUCCGCUUUAGUCGAAGAACUUCUAAAAUCCCGUCAAAUUUCCUUCUUAUCUUUGUAUUUUAACUCAGCUUAGGUCAAAUUUUGACUUAUCGAGACUCCUAUUUAGUCUGUUUUAUGAACAUCAACUUCAUACAAUACUGUUGUUUUAAUUCUUUCGAGGAAUUAUUGGCCUGAUUUUCCAAAAUGCUUAUACUUCACAUCAGCAAUAGUCAAAUGACAUGUGGCAGCUGCAAAAAGUUGCCCGAUACUUCACUUCAACUUCUCUGGUCAAUCAGAAUUAUUAGCACAUUAGUUAGUUUUGAAGAUACCGCAUGAGACAUGUUACACUUUUACAUAAUUUGUUAUGAACAGACAUUAUCAAACCGGGUCUGCAUAUAAUUUUCAUAUAAUAUUCUUGUUUUACUGCUCUCGGGGAAUCUCCCUUUUCCAGAUUUUUAUUGCAUACACAAAAAACAAGUAAUUAGAUACCAUAGUUAUCAUAAACAUGUGUAUAACUGUGUCAAUAAAUUUGUUUACUUAUUUUACCCGACAGAACGUCUUAAUAUUGCCUUUUUAAAAUAUAGUUCUCAUGUCACCAGCUGAAUAAUUUCUGUGGCAGCUCUGUUAUUCAGACGGUGGAAAUUUAAUUGCUUUAACUCGACAUUUACGGAGGGAUAAAACAUUAUAGUUACAUGAAUGGAAAAUAUUGUUCGUAAUAGGAUGAAAUGGUUAAUUGUAUGCUUAAAUAUAAAAUAAGAAGAACUAUUCAUACAUUUCUUUUGUGCUUAAGAUUUAAUUGUUUGUUUCACACCAAUACAGUAUAUGUCAUACGGCGACGUUCCAGCUUCAGUUGAGUAGGAAGACCUCAAAUGGCCUUCCGUGCAGUAUUUCAAGCACGAACAGACACCUGAGUAGAACCGAGACGUUCUAUAAACUAGCUGAAUAUCUUCCUUAUAUGAAAGAAUCCAAAAUCGAACCAACAGCGGUGAGGGUCAAGAGGAUUGAAGUCAACGACCUUCACCACUCGGCCACGGACGCCACUUUAUGUUUCAGAGGUCAAUAGCAGGUCACGCGAAGUUGACCUAUAUUUUACGUGGUCGAUUAAGAUACGCAGUAGCAGUAGCCAUUCUCAAGAACGGGGACAAGGUUAGUGUCAUUGAAGAAGUAUGCAGCCAGAUAACAAGAAUAACAAGAAUUCAUAAUAAAUACAGAAACAAGGAGUAUGCUUCCGAUAUGCAAAUGUUGGUAUGGGAUACCACGUUAGCACAAGAUGCUGCUACAUGGUCUGAGAAUUGUUAUUUGGCACAUCAAAAACGUGGUCUUGGAGAGAAUCUAGCCUAUCAAUGGAGGACCGUGUUCUAA